AUGCCGGGGGCCGCGCGGCGCUGCGCCGCGGAGCCCUUCCAGUCCAGCAAAGGCUACACGAUCGAGGUUCCCGAAGGCUGGGAGAUCAAGGACAAGGCGGGCGCCGACAUCCUGCUGGUGAACCCGUCGCGGUCGUCCACGACCGUCGGCGUCACCGUGUCGCCGGUCAGGAUCAACACGCUCAAGUCGUUCGGCACCACGGACGAGGUCGGCGAGCGGCUCAUCGCGGCCGAGCGCGCCAAGGACGGCACGCUGGGCGCGGAGCUGUUGAGCUCGGGGAGCCGGCAGGGGACGGGCGGCGUGCCGGUGUACGACUACACGUACGCGGUGGACUCGACGCGCGGGCUGAAGCGCAUCAGCACCACGGUGACCAUCGCGGACCGCAAGCUGUUCAUCGCCAACGGGCAGUUCAAGUGCGACAAGGAGCGCGGGUGCGACGCGGAGGGCGCGGCGGAGGCGAUCGAGCAGAUGACGGCCGCGGUGCGCUCGCUGGCGCUGGUCGCGCCGAGCUGA